AGCAGGAGCAGCAGGAGGAAGUGGGUAGUAGCCCCGGCGAUGCUGCUGCUGCGGCUGCUUCGCUGGAGUGCGCGCCAAGCGGUCCUCGGGUCGGUGGAGACUGCCCUCUGGGGUUUAAAGUCAAUAAAAGGAAGCUGCCAUGAUUUUUGUACUGCUGUUUAUAAAGAUGUCACUUAUAUGGAACUUAAAAAUCUCUUGAAGUCCAAAAAAAUUGUAUUAAUUGAUGUUAGAGAGCCAUGGGAAAUUCUUGAGUAUGGAAAAAUCCCCGGAUCCGUCAAUAUACCAUUGGAUAAAGUAGGUGAAGCUCUACAGAUGAACCCAAAAGACUUCAAAGAGAAGUACAAUGAAGUAAAGCCAUCCAUCUCUGACAGUCUAGUGUUUUCUUGUUUAGCCGGAGUGAGAAGCAAGAAGGCUGUGGACACAGCAAUAUCUCUGGGCUUUAACAGAUGGCCAACAAACACAUGAAAAGAUUCUCAACAUCACUAAUCAUCAGAGAAAUGCAAGUCAAAGCCACAAUGAGGUAUCACCUCACACCGAUCAGAAUGGCCAUCAUCACAAAAUCUGGAAACAACAAAUGUUGGAGAGGGUGUGGAGAAAAGGGAACUCUCCUGCACUGCUGGUGGGAAUGUAAGUUGGUACAGCCACUAUGGAAAACAGUUUGGAGGUUCCUUAAAAAACUACAAAUAGAACUACCAUAUGAUGCAGUAAUCCCCCUAAUGGGCAUAUACCGAAAGAAAACCAUAAUCCGAAAAGAAACAUGUACCAUAAUGUUUAUUGCAGCACUAUUUACAAUAGCCAGGACAUGGAAGCAACCGAAAUGCCCAUCAACAAAUGAAUGGAUAAAGAACAUGCGGCAUAUAUAUAUACAAUGGAAUAUUACUCAGCUAUAAAAAGGAAUGAGAUGGAGCUAUAUGUAAUGAGGUGGACAGACCCAGAGUCUGUCAUAUAGAGUGAAGUAAGUCAGAAAGAGAAAGACAAAUAUUGUAUGCUAACUCAUAUAUACGGAAUCUAAAACUGGUACUGAUGAACUCAGUGACAAGACAAGAACAAGGACGCAGAUGCAGAGAAUGGACUGGAGAACUCGAGGUUUGGUGGGGUAGGGGGUGAAGGGGAAGCUGAGACGAAGUGAGAGAGUAGCAUAGACAUAUAUAUACUAUCAACUGUAAAACAGAUAGCCAGU